AUGGUAAGUCAUAAGAAAGUGGUAAAUAUUUUAGGGGACAAUAACGGCUCGGAGAGAAGUGACGAACAUCCUAGAGAUCUUAGUGUACAUAAGAAAUUGGCGACACCCGGGGCUUCACCUAGACGCACUGAGUUGCCAAGGGCGCCGUCUCGAGAAUCCGAUGCAAUGCAGUCGCCGCAACCGAGCGGCAUUCCGGCCCUCCCCUCGUCUCCGGAAAUCUUCACGAUGCCUCUCACCAAAAGCAAACAGACGCUAUUCUUGGAGACGCUCCUCUCGUCGCCAUCACCAAAAAUGUAUACAUCCGAAGUGACGAUCACGAAACAACACUGCGAACCGAUAAACUUAGGGAAACACAGGAAAUCCGCGAGUCCAACGGUGUCCAGUUGUUCUGACGAAAUAAAGAAGAUAAGUAAAGACUUCGGCGAGCCGCACGAGAAGAAAUCUAGACGGGAGUCUAUUGAUGAGUUAGCAAAGAUUAGCAAAGUGUUUAGUAAAUGCAACGAGGAUCAAAAUCACAAAAAGUCGGAACGAACGCCUCAGAAGCCCGAUGUGAACACACCAUUGCAACAGUUUAACAUUUUAAAGUCUCGCUCCGACUACACUCUGCCUGACCCCUUACUGAUACCCAAAGAUAAGCUGGAAGCGAUCCUGCAGGCGCCAGGUCGUGAGAUACCUGCACUGCUGAUACAGCGACCAGAACUCCGGCUCCCCGCGACCUUCGCCUUCCCAGCUAUUCUGCAGGACCCUGACAUACUCGUCGUUUCCCUGACACAGCUGGAACACGUGCUCUUAGACCGGGAGACCAAGCAGUUAAUGUCGCCAAAGUUGAAGGACACGAACAGAGUACAUUCCUCCAAGGAGAAGGAACAACCUCAGCCCAAACCGAUACCGUCGAUGGACGCGCUAGCCGGAGACAUAGAUGCCGCCACCUCUGCAGCCCUCAACCAAAUGCUCUGGCUACCAUACCUGGGCCAGCUGGAGGCGGUGGCCGCACAGAACAUGGACUUCCUCAAAGCGCUGAACUCGUCCGGAUACAACGGGUCGAGUUACCCGGAGCUGUCGCAAAUGUUCAAUCCGUCCGCGCGGUUUAUGGGUCCCGGUGGGUUCCCGGGUAUGCCCGCGAUGCAGGACUACGACAACCGGAUGCAGUUCGCGAUGUGGCAGGAAGCGAUGUCCCACGCAAGCACGCACCGGAGCAAAAACUCUGUCCCGGAGCAAAUGAAGGAAUUGUCAAAAUCGAGUGACGUCCAGAACCCCUUCGUACAUUCCACCAAGAGUCAGGGCAAGCAUUCCUCAGCGCGGACCAGCCCAAUAGCCCAUAGUUACGGCAGCGCGCGGUCGAUGGCCCACAACCCAUUCCUGGCCGGGAUGUAUGGACCGGCGCUUCGUCAGCCCGCGCCUAUGACCGGCUUGCUCAGUCAGCGUUCCCCCCGCGCACCGCAGAAGAGCCCCACCUCGUACUGUCCGAACAACAACUACCUUCAGACAGGACCUCGCGGGUCUCAAGACCCUACGCGGCCUCGUAUCAGUGUUAAAUCGCUCCAGAACCUCUUGGAGCCAGGUGCUAGGACGCGAGGAUCUGGGGCCCCACGACGACGUGAUGAGACGGAGGUCGGCAGCACGACACCCCUGGAACCACCACAGCAUGACCCUGCAGCGUACCACCUCUGGCAUCCACUGUUUGGCAAGUAA